AUGGGGUUAUCUUCACGCAUCUUCUCAUUUUGGUUGUUGUUGUUUCAUCUUAAUUCCCUUGUGCAAUCUCUUUGCCAUGAUAAUGAGUGUUUUGCCUUGUGGCAGUUCAAGGAAAGCCUUGUUAUCAAUGAGCAAGCUUCUGUUGACCCUUCUGCUUAUCCCAAGGUAAACUCGUGGAAGCUAGAAGGAGAAAAUGGUGACUGCUGCUCCUGGGAUGGGGUCAAGUGCCAUGAGGUUACUGGUGAUGUGAUUGGGCUUAACCUCACUAGUAGUUACCUCUAUGGUUCUAUAAACUCCAGCAGUUGUCUUUUUUGCCUUGUCAAUCUUGAAUGGUUUAGCCUUGCUGAUAACGACUUCAAUGGCUCAAAAAUUCCUUCUGGAAUCAUCAACUUCUCCAAGCUAUCACAUCUAGACCUCACUGCUACUAACUUUUCUGGUCAAAUACCCUCAGAGAUUCUAGAGCUCUCCAAGUUGGAGGAUCUAUUUCUAUGGCAAAAUACCCAUAUGGAACUCCAAAAGCCAAGUCUAAAAAGCCUAAUCGAGAAGUUAACCAACCUAAAGACUUUGUAUCUUAGUCAGGUCAACAUAUCUUCUUCCAUACCAUAUAUCCUAACGAAUCAAUCUUCCUUGACUGAAUUAUCCCUCCGAGAGUGCAGAUUGCAAGGUGAAUUUCCCACAAAGAUAUUUCAAUUACCCAAUCUUCAGUUUCUCAGCGUGCGAUACAAUCCCGAUUUAAUUGGAUAUUUGCCAGAAUUUGAUGCAAGUAGUCCGCUUCAAGAUUUGAGACUUGGGGGCACGAGCUUCACAGGUGAGAUUCCAAAUUCAAUAGGGAAACUUAAAUCUUUAUCUCUCUUGGAUAUUCAUGAUUGCAAUUUUUUGGGAACAAUUCCGUCUUCACUUGGUAAUCUUGCAAAGAUCAGUUUUCUUUACUUGUCUCAAAAUAAAUUUUCGGGCAAGUUACCUCCUUUAUUAGGAAAUCUUACUUCUUUAGAAGAACUCAGCGUAUCUAAUAACAAUUUUUCAAUGCAAAAUGCUCUUUCAUUGUCUUGGAUCAGUAGGCAUAUUAGACUGACUUAUUUAGGCAUUUCAAAAAUCAACCUAGUGGGCGAGAUUCCAUCUUGGCUUAUGAACCUAACUCAACUUCAGUUUUUACAUAUGGGUUACAACCAAUUAACUGGUCCGAUCCCAAAUUGGCUCAUGAACCAUAACAAAUUAUCAGACCUAUUUCUGCAGUCUAAUCAAUUAACUGGUUGUAUCCCUUCUCAUACUAGAAACUUGACCAAAUUAACAGGACUUGGACUAUCAUUGAAUCAAUUGGAAGGUCCGAUCCCUGCCUCUAUCUCUGAACUCGAGAAUCUCCAAGUCCUUGACCUUCAGUGGAAUAACCUGAGUGGCAUUGUGGAUUUACACAUGUUUCUCUAUAAACUCAAUUUUUUAGAAGUUUUAGUUCUCUCAUCAAAUUCUUUAUCCCUGAUUACCAAAACCAACAUCCAUCUUGAAGUUAAGCAAUUGUGGUUUUUAGGAUUGGCUUCAUGCAACCUCAAGGAGUUCCCAAAUAUCUUACACAACCUAGAUAAAUUGCAGAUUCUAGACCUUUCAUCUAACAAGAUAGCUGGCCAAAUACCUGAAUGGUUCUUAAACCAAAGUGUACAUAGUUUGCUAUGCUUGAACCUUUCCCACAAUCUUUUGACUGGGUUUCAGUAUCACCCUGAUUUUCUCCCAUGGACUCGUCUAAGCUGGAUAGACCUUAGGUAUAAUAAAUUCCAAGGCCCAUUGCAAAUUCCACCACCAUCCACCACACUCUAUUUGGUCUCCCACAAUAACCUGAAUAGCGAAAUUCCACCUCUCAUAUGCAAUUUGAGUCGACUGGGAGUUCUUGAUUUGUCUUAUAAUAAAUUCAGUGGCAGACUUCCACAAUGUUUGGACAAUCUCAACUAUACCCUUUCAAUGUUGAAUUUGCGAAGUAACAAGUUUUGUGGAAGUAUUCCUUCAACAUUAUUGAGUGGGACAAAUCUGAAGUGGAUUGAUUUAAGCCAUAAUGAACUGCAAAGGAGAAUUCCAAGAUCAUUGGCUAAUUGUAGAAUGUUGGAAUUUCUUGAUCUUGGAAAUAACCAAAUUAGUGAUGUGUUCCCCUCUUGGUUGGGAACACUUCCAGAGUUAAAGGUUCUCAUUUUACAAGCCAAUAGGCUUUGGGGUGUAAUAAGAGAUCCUGAAACAAAUUUUGCCUUUCCAAAGUUGCGCAUCAUCAAUCUCUCUGGUAAUAGAUUUACAGGUAAUCUCCCAUCAAAAUACUUUCAAUCUUGGAAUGCCAUGAGAGUUGAAAAUGCAAGUGGGCUAGCAUAUAUGCAGGAAGAAUUCAACAUUGAAUUGCUCACAGGUUUUGAUGAGAGAAUUGCGCUAUUCCAAUUUCCGUAUGUUUACUCGGUAGAGAUAAAUACCAAAGGCAUUGAGUUGGUAUAUGGGAAGAUCUCAAAUUUGCUCACAGCCAUUAUAUUCUCAAGCAACCGAUUUCAAGGAGAGAUUCCAGAAUCUAUUGCUAACUUAAGGGGACUUCAUUUUCUCCGUCUUUCAAAUAAUUAUCUCUCAGGUCCCAUCCCUUCAUCCCUGGGCAAACUAGUGGCUCUAGAAUCUCUGGACCUCUCUAAUAACAGACUGUCGGGACAGAUUCCUCCAGAACUAGCAGAGAUCACUUUCCUUGAAAUCUUCAAUGUUUCAAAUAAUCAUCUCACUGGCCCCAUACCACAAGGGAAACAAUUUGCCACAUUUGAGAAUGAUUCGUACAAUGGGAACCCAGGAUUAUGCGGAAAACCUUUGUCAAAACAAUGUGAAUCUUUUCAACCUUCACAGGGACACGAUUCAGACUUGCACCAGCCUCUAUUUGAAAUAUAUCGGGAAAUAAUUUUGAUUGGGUAUGCAAGUGGGCUAAUUGUUGGAGUGGUCCUUGGAAAUACCUUUGGUAGAAGAAGCCAUGGAAGGUUGUAA